AUGUCUUUAAACUACAUCAAAAACUUCUAUGAAGGAUGCCUCAGGCCUCCUACGGUGAUAGGCCAGUUCCACACCUUGUUCUUCGGCUCGGUGCGGAUGUUCUUUCUGGGCGUUCUUGGCUUUGCCGUCUAUGGGAAUGAGGCGCUGCACUUCAGCUGCGACCCUGAUCGCCGAGAGCUCAACCUGUACUGCUACAACCAGUUCAGACCCAUAACACCUCAGGUCUUCUGGGCGUUACAACUGGUAACAGUGCUAGUUCCUGGGGCAGUGUUCCACCUCUACGCAGCCUGUAAGAACAUUGAUCAGGAGGAGAUCCUCGAACGACCCAUCUACACCGUCUUCUAUAUAAUUUCUGUUCUCCUACGCAUCAUUCUGGAAGUCAUCGCCUUCUGGCUACAAAGCCACCUCUUUGGCUUCCAGGUCCACCCACUGUACAUGUGUGAUGCCAGUGCUUUGGAAAAGGCCUUUAAUGUGACUAAGUGCAUGGUGCCCGAACACUUUGAAAAAACCAUCUUCCUCAGUGCCAUGUACACUUUCACUGUUAUCACCAUACUUCUCUGUAUUGCCGAGAUAUUUGAGAUACUGUGCCGGCGGCUUGGUUAUCUCAACAACCAAUGA